GGCCCUUCUCGGCUUCUCCUUCCUUUUUCCCUCUCUCUCUUCAUAUCAAAGAGACGCACCGAACAAGAAGCACAAAACCCACUUUCAUCAAUUCUCUCUGCGGCGAUCGCCGAGGGAUCCAAUGGCGCACGCGGCGCGGCCAUUGGGUGGGCGCGCGCGAAACCCUAGCCCCGGGCCCGCUCGGCCGCCGCCGCCGUUCGCGGCGGCGGAUGCUGCCGCCGCCGCUGACCUCCGCGACGCGCCACGGAGGGUUGCGCGGAUGAAGGAUAGAGCUUGUGCAACUUGUGGUGAUAAAAUUGAUUCAGGAAAUGUAAUACGUUGUCAGUGCAAGAAAUCUCCAGAGCAUGCAAAGCAUGAAAUCCAUCAUACGAAUGAUGCAAUGCUUGAGGCAAAGGGAUUUGCAAAGCCAAACUCUUCAAAUAAGUAUGGGAUGCACAAAUCUUCUGGUGGUACAUAUUCAAAACCUGAUGCAAGAGUAAAGAUAAUUCCUGCAGAAGAAAUUACAUAUGUACGUCAUGGAAAACUAUGUGGUAAAACUGUUGGCUCAGAUGGAUUACAGAAAAGGCAACGCAGACGAAGUGUCACCCCCCCUCCGAGUUCACGUAAAGUGUCUCUUGUGACACCUACAGUGGUUAAUCAGAGGCCUACACCACCAGUCUCACCAGCUGCCUCGCGUAUCUCUCCUAACCGGCCUGGGACAGCUAAAAAUGUUCACUCAGUCGUUACCUCAUGUAUCUCUCCAAACUUGACCGGGAAAGCUGAAAAUGGUCACUCACUUGCUACCUCAGGUAUCUCUCCUAACUGUCCUGGGGCAGUUAAAAAGAUUCACUCACUUGCUACCUCACCUAUCUCUCCUAACUGGCCUGGGGCAGUUAAAAAGAUUCACUCACUUGCUACCUCACCUAUCUCUCCUAUGUGGCCUGAGACAGCUGGAAAUGGUCACUCACUUGUUGGGGGCUAUAUCACAAAUUCCUUUACAACACAAAUAGCUUAUCUUUCACAGCGUCCAUCACCAUUCUGCAGGGCUGUUCUUUCACAGCCUUCUGGGACACCUCUUGGUACUGAUGCCACUGCUCCCAAGAAUCUUAGCAGAUCGGGUAAUAGAGAAGCAUAUGUCAAAAGUUGCAGUUCACGCACCAGAACCUUCUCAUCUGCGCAUGCACAUUCAACUGUAGUUCCUCCUGGUACAAAUGCAGAACCUUCUGCUGAAAGUUUUUGUGCGCCUGGCAAUGAGAAGUCAUCCCCUAUGAGCUGUAAGUUGGGCACGUUACAAUGUCAAGGCACAAGAACUGCUGUGGCGCCUUCAGUGCAAAAAAAGCUAACCAUGGAGCCUGCAUUACCGAGCCCAAAAUCUGUGCUUAGUGAAAAGUCCAACGAGGCAUAUCCUGAUACUGCUCCAAGGCCUUCUUCCAGACCAAAUUUAUUUGAUACAAAAUGCAAGGUGGGCUCACCGCAAAGUGAAACAAUCAUUCCUCCAUCACAAAGUCCACAGUCUACAUCUCAUGCACGAUGUGUUGAACCGCCUGAUGAUUUUGAAGCAGUUCCAUCUACUAAGAGCCAUAUAAUUACAGAAAAACAAAUGAACCAGGAGGCACCAAUCAAUUGUAAUGUAUCUUCAGGUAUCCCAGUAAUUUUACAUACAAAGCUGCACAAGAAGCAUUACCAACCAGAAGCCUGCUGGAAGGGUAAAUUUGAAGUGACUGGAGAGCUAACACAUAUUUGUGAUGGACUUGAAGCCCAUUUCCCUUUCGAAAUUUCUGCCCAAGUAUAUGAGGCUUCAAAACAAAUGCCUGAAAUAUUAAAGCUAGAGGCUAGACCUCUUUCUCAUCUGUGGCCGAAAACAUUCAAGAUGAAACCUCCAGAAGGACAAGAUAUUGGACUGUGCUUCAUUAGCUCUCUUCAAAGACCAAAUGGGAGUUCUGACCAUCUCCUGAAAAAUAUUUCUUCGCAUAUUGGGUUACGAACCAAGAUUGGUGCUACUGAGUUGCUGAUAUUUUCAUCCAAGUUACUUACCCAAGAAUAUCAAAGAAAAUGUGAUAAGUUUUACUUUUGGGGUGUUUUCCGGGCGCUGCACAGAUCCUAUAAUCAAACAAGUAUGUCAUUUGAUGCAACAGGAUGCAAAGAGAUUGAGAGGCACAAAAAUAAGGAAACUGGCAAGAUUUUGGAGACACAAGACAAAAAAACAGAGAAGGAAAAAUGUGGGGAGAUUGGUAAUAAAUUGGAUUCGGCAGUUAGCAGAGAAAGAGAUAGGAUCAACGAAUGCAUGAGAAUGCUGACUCCUGAUCCAAAUGCUGCGGCAAGCUCUUCAGAUUUUACUUGUCAAUCUGCUCCUAGAGUUCCUGCUGGUUCUGACCUUGUUUUGGACACACCUCCCGGGUUUCCUCAUGAUGACCCUCCAGGCCUCACAAAAGCCCAUUGUCUCCUCCAUACAGGAGAAACCACUGAGCCUUACAUAGACUCAUCUCCAAGCCUUAAUUUGGGCGUACCUCCAGGGCUUUCUCUUGAUAUCCCUCCUGGCUUUAUGAAAGCUCAUUAUCUCCCUCAUACAGGAGAAACUACUGAGUCUCACAUAAACCCUUCUCACAGUCACAGCCUUUCUUGGGACACCCCUCUAGGAUUUUCUCUUGAUGUUCCUCCGGGAUUUACUAAAGCCCAUCGUCUACCCAUAGUAUCUACUGCUGGAUCUGAAACUGUUGUUUCUGAAAAGAAACCCCUCAUUAAGUUCACUCUGAAUGUUCCAAGGGUUGCACAAACAGAAGCCAUUCCUGGAUUUAUUAAACUGCUUGCAGUGAAACAAGAGCCUGGGUUGCCUGCAAUCUGUAUGGCCACAGAGAAGGCAUCAACUGGAAAAGAAGAUGAAAUUAAAAGUAAGCAGGAUGAGGUAGUAACAGAACGGGACGAAAGCUCAGAGGAGCGUUUGUUUCCAAAGACCAGGCUUCUUUCUGAUAUUCUGAGCUCUUCGGCGGCUUCUAAUGCGAACACAAAUGCUUCACCCAAGCCUACAAGCAAGUUUCAUGAUGCACCAGACAACCAAAUACAGGACAGAAAGAGAGAUCACCCAGAAUCACCCGAGCCUUCUCCUGCAGAUACACUCAAAAGGCUCAGGGUGAAUGGGCGCAUAGCUCUAAACAGAGUCAUGGAUCGUCGAACAUUGAGUUCCCAACCAAUCUCAAGGGAAGGAUUAGUUGAUAUACAAGUGUCAGGUCCUACAGUACUGACGAGAAGCAAAUGCUGUAGUUGGCAACAUUUCAGGUGAUGAAUGUGCAUGUUUUGUAUGCAGCGAAGAGUUCCCAACGGGGUGAUUUGUGGCGCUCCAUAUCAUUUGUUUUAAGCAACAGGAAGCGGCACCUUUUCGUUUUAAGCAACACUUGUUAACAAAAGUGCGCAGCUUUGGGUUUCUUGCGAGGUGUAGCUAACGAGUAACCUGGUACCACCAAAUAUCAACGAAACCAUUUGCUAUAUCA